AUGAGGCGCGUCAAGUACAUGUUCGUGCGCGGGGAGGAGAACGCCGAUAUCUACGUCAAGAAGGGUGCGGAGGGCGUCGUCUUUUACAGGUGCAACACCUGCAUCAUCGUCGGUUACCACAACGACAAGAUCCAGCCCGGCCAGUGCUCGGCGACUGUCGCGAAGCUGGGCGACUUUCUCAAGGAGAGCGGCAUCUGA